AUGAUCCUCCUAGCCAGAAAAAAAACCUCCACAGAAGCCGGCUGGAUCGUCUUCGCCGUCAUCUUCUCCACCUUUAGCUCCGCGCUCAUCAUCUUCCUCUGCUGGUGGAAUACCCGUGGUUCGAGCAAAAAAAGCAGCACACAGCAACAGCAAAGCGCAAGUUCAAAUUCAAGGACAAGGUCCAGACGUUCAGUCCGCUACUGGUACUAUUACCCCGAGUACUUUGGUUACAACAAUGGAUCAUCGGAGUCAUCAGAAGAUCAUGAUGCAAGUACCGCGACGGACUAUCAUUUGGAACAAACCCCGAAUUACUACAUCUAUCCGCCACCUUAUCCUCCAUGUCCAGAUCCACCACCGCCGCCCCCACGACCACCGAGGACGCCGCCGCAUAUAGCUGUUUACAGAACUAGGCCGGUUAAUGUGAUGAGCUUUUUGGAUCGGACGCAGAGGGUAAGGGAGCCACCGCCGGUAGCGGAAGUUACUUCGCCGGGAGGGACGAGUACACCGCCUCCUGGGGAUGGCUCUUCUUCUUCAAGCGAUUCUUUGCCUGAUGAGCCUGCUCCGGAUGGGGAUGGACCUCCACCCAGUGCUCCCUCGGGCGGUCCUCGCCCAGAUGGUUCUGCACCUGGCUCACCUGAUGCGAAUCCCGCUAGUGUCCACUCACCUAAAGAAGAGGGCAGUGUAAUAUCACGACAGGACGUUUCUGAGGCGCAAGCAAAUUUCAGCAGGCUUAUGUCUGUAGCGGAUUCGCAUAUACAACACUUGGCCUCGGCCUCGGAAGCGGGAUCUCACCGUCAGAGUUCCGCGAGACACACUCCGAGUGUUCGCUAUGUGAAGGCUUGGUCGAAAGGGUCGUCAAAAGAAAGGCGUGGCUCCAAGGUACUAUCACCACACGGUGGAUCUCCAGCAUUGUCGAUCAGGGAAUCACCCAACCCAGCCCCUGGAAACAUCACCCCAAAACCGAAUUCACAUGCCUCACGCCAGUCAUCAAGGCCCUCCAUACACUCUCAUCCAUCUUCCAAGCUUCUCAGCCCAUCGCCCCCAAGUUCUCGCGCCCCCUCACACCGCUCACUGCCCGCCUCACGUUCCAGACGCUCCAGCCCACCUCGGUCUCCUACUCCACCGCAUCACUCCCAAAGCCGCUACAUCCACAGCCACAGCCACAGCCAUUUUGAUGGCCGCCCUACUUCACGACAGUCUUCAAGAUCAGGGUCAAGGGUAUUCUCCAGUCGCUCCAGCCCACCUCAGUCUCCUACCCCACCCCAUCACUCCCCGAUUCCAUACUCUCCAAGCCGCCACAGCCGUAGCAACAGCUAUGGCCGCCCUACUUCACGGCACUCAUCAAGAUCAGGGCCAAGGUCAAGGGUAUCUUCCAUGCCACCAUCACCAACGGUGACGGAUUUUGCUAGUAUCUCUUCGAUUUCCCACCCUCCUGGCUCUCCUCGUCGCUCUUCGGUCUCUCCCGCUUACAGGUCGGGUGGGUUUAGGGCGGCAUUGAGCCCCCAACAAGAAGAACAACAUGAACUGAAAGGAUCGCGACGGUCAUCGAGAUACUCGAGACACUCUAAAUCGCCUUCAGCGGUGUCUGUCUCUGUUGUGGAGCUGCUGAGCUUGGAGAAGGACUUGGAUCAAGAUGACCAGGGGAAAGGGGAACCGAUGUCGCUUUUGGGACAUGACGAGCUUGAAGAGCAUGAGGAGGAGCAUGAGGAGAGACGGGGUAGUGAGGUUUUGGUGCAAUAUGAGGAUGAAGUGCCUCGCAGUCGUAGGAGUGUCUCUAGAGAUUCACAACAACGACGACGGAUGGAUCUAGCUGAUGAUGAAAGAAAGUCUGUGGAAAUGGAGCAUAGGCAUCAUGACCACCACGACGAACACGACCCAGAAUCAGCGACUCUGAAACCGGAACCAGAGCACGUACCGGAAGAUUAUUAUAGAUCAUACUCAACUGCCGCCAAUCUUGACCCUCUACCCCCCUCCCCGAACCUUUCGGGCCACUCAUCGAACCUCUCACCAAAAUCACCCUAUCACCCUCGCAAAUACAUACCUAUACAGGUACCCAAGGAGAACCGACCGCACCAAGCUAGUGUUUGUAGUAUUUCUGAUAGCACUGAUUCUGGGAUUGGUAGUCGCAAGGGUGGGGGGUGA